ACAUCGACAAAUUCAAAUACGACAAUGUCUGGCCGCGGCAAAGGAGGAAAAGUAAAGGGAAAGGCAAAGUCCCGAUCAUCUCGUGCCGGACUUCAGUUCCCAGUUGGUCGUAUCCAUCGUCUGCUCCGCAAGGGCAACUACGCAGAACGUGUCGGAGCUGGAGCUCCCGUCUAUCUGGCCGCUGUCAUGGAAUAUCUGGCAGCUGAAGUGCUGGAAUUGGCAGGAAACGCCGCUCGUGACAACAAGAAGACCCGUAUCAUCCCGCGUCAUCUUCAGCUGGCCAUCCGCAAUGACGAAGAGUUGAACAAACUGCUCUCGGGCGUCACCAUCGCUCAGGGAGGUGUUUUGCCCAACAUCCAAGCCGUUCUGCUGCCCAAGAAGACCGAGAAGAAGGCUUAA